AUGAUAAUUUAUAUAUUUAUAAGAAUAAAUGCUAUUUAUUUCAUUUAAAUAAAAUUUCUAAAACCGGGUAAGGUUUUUCAUAGUUUAAUCUUAAAAACAAAAUAGCUGAGCUGCUUUUUUUUUAUUUUUUUAAUAAGAGAGGGGAUUGAUUAAUUAUAAAAUAACUAAAAUCAAUUUUUUGAUGUUUAUUUUAAAACAGAAAUUGAAGAGUUAGAGAAGUUUUUAUAAUAAUUAUAAAAUAAUCUUUAUCAAAUAUAAUUUAUAUUUAUUUAAACUUACUUUUUAGCAUAUAAAAAUAUGAUUAACUAUCAUUUUCUUGCUAAAACAGAAGAAAAAUUUUAAUAAAUGAAAUAAAAUGAGGAUGAUUAUUAGUUUUAAAAUAUUUGUAAGUAUAGAAAAUAAUUAAAAUAAUAAUCUCAAAUAUCUUUGAAUAUACUAUUUGAUUAAUAUAAGGAUUAUAUUAAUAAAUUUCCUAACCAACUUAAAAAACUGAGUCGUAUGGCAAAAACAAAAUGCAUAAAUAAAAAUGAAAGAAUAAGAAAAGUUCCCAUGAUUGAAGUUGUGUCAAGUAUACUUUGUGAAUAAAAGGGAGUCAAUCCUUUAGAAAAUUAAUAAAUUUUUAAUUUAAUAUCGAAAAGUAAACAUAAUUUGUAUAAGAAUAUUUUGUCAGCUUUUAAGAGACAUAUUACUGAUUGCUAAGAUACUUUCUUGAUGAGCUUUUAUGAAAAUUUGAGUGAAGAUAAGUGGACUUUUGAACACAUAAAGCAUAGAGUUUCUACAAAUUUGGCAAUAUUCGGAAGAUUCAAUCUCAAGAUUAAAAAUUUGAGUAAAAACAGAAAUCUGAAAAAAAUAUUUCAUUACUUUUUGAAGAACUCUGAAAAAAUAUGGCUUUAAGAUUCUAAAAUUAAAGACAAAGGAUAUUAUGUAAAACAAAUAAAUUUGAUGAUUAUAGCAUAAGAAAGGCAAAUCCUUCAAAAUUUUACAAAUUGCUAUAAAAAGUAGAGGAAAAAUAGCAUGAAGAAAUGA